AGAAAUAGGUGGCUAUCAACUCUAGGUUUUUAACCUACAGCUAGUAACAACAAACAAACGGGAAAAAAAGCAUUUGACACUGAUCAUUUAUUCAAAAAAAGACCUAUUAAUUCAACUGUUGAAAAAAUUGAUCUGUCAAGAGUAGUAGGGGGGAAAUACAAAAUAUCGCCAAAAGUUAUUGGCUGCAGCAAGAAGGUUAAUGAAGAAAAUACGAACAGUUGUAUGAGAGUCACAACUCACAUCCAACUAUGUCUACUUUUUAUUUCUGUAAGUGCCUACGUAUAUAGUUAUGGACACUGGUGCUCUAAUAAUUAACAUUUCAUGAUAUCAAAUUGAAACUGACUGGUCAUUCUGCUUUUUUGUAUCUUUGAAAAAGGUUAUAAUCAUCUCUACAGUUUAUGGAUUUUUAUUUGAUUUCAUUUUAAUUAAAAGUCUCAUUCAGAUAGUAUAUAUAUCAUGCGUUUUAGUCGAAAAAAACAUUUAAAUGUCCAAAAUGUUACUCAUAGUGAAAAGCCUUAUUCUUGUGUUGUAUGCAAUGUUGGUUUUUCUAUAAAAAGUUCUUUAAUUAGGCAUGCUCUUGUUCAUUCGGGUGUAAACCCAUAUUCUUGUAAUAUAUGUAAUAAGAAUUUUUCUCAGAAAAAUAAUUUAAAAAAGCAUAAUUUAAUCCAUACUGGUGAAAAACCUUAUUCUUGUAGCAAAUGUGAUAUGCAGUUUACUCGAAAAGAUCAAUUAAAUACGCAUAAUAUUGUUCAUACUGGUAAAAAACCUUACUCUUGUAAUGUAUGUAAUAUGUGUUUUUCUGAAAAGAGUAUUUUAAAUAGACAUAAUCUUGUUCAUACUGGUGAAAAACCUUAUUCUUGUAAUGUAUGUAAUAAGUGUUUUUCUCAAAAAGGUCAUAUGAGAGAACAUUAUCUUAUUCAUACUGGAGAAAAGCCUUUUUCUUGUACUAUAUGUAAUAUGUGUUUUUCUCGAAAGAAUCAUUUAAAUAGACAUAAUCUUACUCAUACUGGUGAAAAGCCUUAUUCUUGUAAUGUAUGUAAUAUGUGUUUUUCUCAAAGAAAUGAUUUAAAAAGACAUAACUUGAUUCAUACUGGUGAAAAACCUUAUUCAUGUAAUGUAUGUAACAAGCGUUUUUCACUAAAUAAGCAUUUAUCUAGACAUAAUCUUGUUCAUUCUGGUGAAAAACCUUAUGUGUGCAGUAUAUGUGAUAUAGGGUUUACUGAAAAAAGAUCGUUGACUAGGCACCAACUUAUUCAUUCUGGUGAAAAGUCUCUUGUAGUAUAGUCAAAAAUUGAUGCAUGUUAAUUCAUUUUUACUUGCUGCAAUGAAAAAAGUAAGUACUAUUGUGCUAAUGCUAAUAUACUUGAAGUAAUAAUUAAACAUGAACAUUUUUAUUCUGGUUUUGUUGUAUAAAUAAAAAUCAUAAAAAAAUUUAUAUAUAUAUUAAUAUUGUUAUAAAGAUAAAAAACAGAAAUUGCAAAUUUAAAGCUCCUCCCUAAAUAAUAAAACUUAAUUGUUAAGGACAAUUUAUUGAAAAAUUAUUUAGAUUAACUUGCAGACUUGUAUGAUUUACGUCUGUAAAUUUUACAAGUAUGCAAGUUAAUCUAAAUAUAAUUUAAAAGUGUAUUUAAACUAAACUACAAUCAAAGUUUUUGAUUCAAUUAUAAGUAUUAAUUUUUCUUUUGUGUUUACUCUAUAUUUUUGUCUAUUCACAGUUUCAAAUCUCUUAUAACUCCAAAACUACUAGUUGUGGCUAUUUAAUAUCAAGAUUGUUUCUUUAAAACAUUAUGUUUUGAACUCAAACAAUUUUAGGGCGAUUCCACUGUACACAACCAGAUGGUCAAGACAUUAAAAUUAAUAAUAUGCAAACGAUCUAUCAUUUUAAAGGUAAGAAACAGAAGAUUUAAAAAUAAUGACUUUCAACUUAUUAAUAUCAGUUUUCAAUACGCAAUUGACUGUUAAAUGAAGGGCUACGUCAUUCAAAAUUUUUUACACGAAUAGUGAAUCUCUAAAAAAUAGUUUGUUUUUUUAAAAGUUUUACAUUAAAAAUGAAAUAAAUAAUAAUUAAAGUAAACUGUAUCAUGACAGGUUAUCUAGCACAAAUGUGUAGAAGCAUUUCAUUCAAAUUUUGAUUUUAAAAAAAAUUUCCCAAGAUGCACAUUUAAUAUUUUACUUCAGUCUUGAAAAUAUAUAAUUAAUUGUAUUCUACCAAUAAGAUUUAGCAUAAAAAUAUUUUUUCUGUUUAAAGCAAGAUUCUAUGUCUCAUUUGUAUAGUAUUGUAAUAUAUUUUGAUUUUGAAUGUAAUAAAUUUUACUGGAAUAAAUGUUUUUACUGUAAA